AUGACCUCUACAGAUGAAAUUUUCGAUAUAGUUAUUGUUGGAUGUGGUCCUGCUGGAAUGGCAGCAGCAAUCGGUUUACAGGCAGUCUCACAAUUAAAAUUUAUUGUACUUGAAGCUCGUAAUCGUGUUGGUGGUCGCGUUAGUACUGAUACAACUACAUUUGGUAUAAAUACACCUAUUGAUUUAGGUGCACAAUGGUUACAUCAUUAUCGCCCUGAAAAUCCUUUGCGACCGUUCAUAAAGAAUGUACAGCAACAACAGUUACAUCGUAUUCAACAAUUUAAUCUCUCAGGGAUUGCACUGACAGCAACUAGUAAUUUACUCGAGCAGCAAUAUUAA